AUGAAGCUAUUCAAGAAAUUUGUCAAAUUGCCGGAGAAUGCCAAGAAUGCCAAGAGUUUUAGCGCAUGCAGGACUUUCGAUGCAGACCUCCGAAGAAUAAAUUCAUGUGUGGAAGCUCUGGGCAUACUCGGCCUUCAGGGCACAGGCGGGAUUGACUCAGCAGGUGAGAUCGUAGCCCCCAGAGAUAGAAGAAAACUCCGUAUCAUCCUUUACGCGCCACUAUCCAAGUUCGAAAACGACACCAUAGCAGACUACAAGAACAACAAGCCUGUCGCAAUACAGGAAGACACAGAUGUCGAGUAUGAGCCCGGGCCUUCCAAUCCAGAGCCCCCGCAGAAACGACCUCGGACUGGUGAGAUUGGUUUGAUGAGUAGUAUGGGGAUACAGACCAGGACUCGCAACCUCGGCGAUGGCUGGUACAUGGCAUACAAUUCAACGACGUCCAUCAUCCCUACUCAACUCGGAGCUGCGAAUCUGGAAGUUUUUUACACCAAGGUGGUCGACUCUGCCGCCAAGCAAAUAAGCACCACCGUCAAUGCGACGCAAAAUCUUGCAUUCAAUAUCAAUGGGCUCAGCCUGCGCUUGUCCUCUCCGGCACCCAUCAGUUGGACCUGGAUCAUCAAUUUCGCAGCUGAUAUGUUGGAUAAUGUCAGCACUGACUUCGCAAUCCUGUUUAACGGAGAGGCUUACAGUGCUUAUUGGGAGAUAGCGGCGGUGACAGCAGUAUUGACGUUACUGUAG